UUUAAUCGGAAAUCCAAUCACAGAGUGUGACAUUUACAUCGGUGACAAAUUGUCAAUUUGCUAACUACAAAUUACAUUAUAUUGAAUUAAAACAGACUCAGAUUUAUCCUAACAGUGUCGAUUUCGGGGGCGGAUGUAUUUCUAUCGCAUUUAGACUGAUAUAGCCACCAUGGCUAUGUCGAAGGGUUUUAAAGUUUUGGAGAAAUCCUCUCCACCAAAUCCGUACAGUAUAAUUUUGCAACAUAGAAAUAAAGACUCAGCAUUAUUAUUCGAAUCUCAAGCGGUGGUUUCUUUAUCAUCCCAAGAAACGGAUACUUUGCGCAAGCAAUAUCAUAAAGUGGCAGAUGCUUACGGUUGCUUAGGAGUGCUGCAGUUGAAUUCUGGUGAAAGUUGUUUGCUGUACUUGGUUCUCAUCACUGGCUGCUGCUCCGUUGGCAAGGUAGGCGAUAACGAGGUAUUCAAGAUAACGCAGACCCAGUUCCUACCUCUUUUCUAUCAGUCGCAAGGAGAAGACAAAGUUUCUGAGGUGAGGAAAUUACUUAAUUCUGGCACAUUUUACUUCUCUUGGAACUCUGGCAAAAUCAAUGAUAAUUUAUUUGACUUGACCUUAUGUGCUCAAAGAAAAAGCAAAGGAGCUUGUCCAGACAACAGGUUCUUUUGGAAUAGAACAUUGUUCAUCCAUCUUAUUAGAUAUGGCAUUGACUGUGAUGAUUGGCUCACUAGGGCAAUGUGUGGAUCUGUGGAAAUAAGAACAAUUUAUGUCGGCCACAGAGUAGCUAGAGCAGUUCUUGUGUCCCGCUUGAGUUGUGAGCGCGCAGGGACUAGGUUUAAUGUGAGAGGCUGCAAUGAUGAUGGGAAUGUGGCUAACUUUGUGGAAACAGAGCAGGCUAUUUACAUUGAUGAUUCUAUGGCAUCAUACAUUCAGACCAGAGGAUCUGUGCCAUUAUUUUGGGAACAGCCUGGUAUACAAGUUGGCUCUCAUAAAGUCAAGAUGUCGAGAGGUUAUGAUGCUUCUACGAGUGCAUGUGAUAGGCACUUCUCACAGUUAAAGCGUAAUUAUGGAUCUGUUGUUGUUGUGAACCUUCUCGGUUCAAGUUUAAUAGGAGGUAGUGAAGGUGAGGCAACACUUAGCAAUGCUUUUCAAAGGCAUCUGAAUGAGUCUGCACAUAAUGAUAUAUCUCAGAUUAUAUUUGAUUAUCAUCAAGAAGUCAGAGCUGCUUCAAUUGAAACAGCACUAUCAAAGUUCAAGAAAAUAAUUGAAAAGCAUUAUGAUGCCAUUAGUAUUUUUAGUGCAAAAGGUUCAGACAUUUACAAUAUUCAAAAAGGUGCUAUAAGAACAAACUGCUUAGAUUGUCUAGAUAGGACAAAUGCAAUUCAAACAUUUAUUGGCUUAGAAAUGCUCGCAAUACAGUUAAUGCUGUUGCAAUGUAUUGACAAAAAGCAAAAUGUAAACAGAUUUGAGGAGGUUUUUAAACAGAUGUGGGUUAAUAAUGGAAAUGAGGUCUCUAAAAUUUAUGCAGGUACAGGAGCUAUUCAGGGUGGCUCAAAACUGAUUGAUGGUGCAAGAUCUGCUGCACGCACUAUACAAAAUAACUUGCUCGAUAACUCCAAACAAGAAGCUAUUGAUAUACUGCUUUUGGGCUCAACCCUUAAUUCAGAACUAGCUGACAGAACAAGAAUUUUGUUGCCACCUAAUAUACUGCACACAUCAACCGCAGUGCUUAGAGAAAUGUGCAGAAGAGCUAGUGAAUUUACCCAACCAUCAAGUAUACGCAUUACAAUUGGUACCUACAAUGUCAAUGGUGGAAAACAUUUCAGAAGCCUUGCUUACAAGGAUGUUUCACUAGCAGAUUGGCUAUUAGACUGUCCAAAUUCAUCUUUGGUUAACACAGUAAAUUUAAAAGAUCACCCAUCAGAUAUUUUUGCAAUUGGAUUUCAAGAGAUAGUUGAUUUGAAUGCCAGUAACAUUAUGGCUGCUAGUUCUGAUAAUGCCAGAGCUUGGAGUGAAGAGUUAGAAAAAAUAUUAGCAAGAGAUGCUUCUUACACACUCUUAUCAUGUCAUCAGUUAGUUGGAGUUUGUCUUUUUGUAUUUGCAAGGAAAGAUUUGAUACCACAUAUUAGAGAUAUAGCUCUUGAUUCUGUCAAAACUGGGUUAGGUGGAACAACUGGCAAUAAAGGUGCAGUUGCCAUUCGUUUAGUCAUCUAUGGUACUUCAAUCUGCUUUGUCUGUGCUCACUUUGCUGCUGGCCAAUCACAAGUUACUGAGCGCAAUGCUGAUUACACUGAAAUAACACGUAAAAUUGCAUUUCCUAUGGGACGCUCAUUGUAUUCCCAUGAUUAUGUGUUUUGGUGUGGAGACUUUAACUAUCGUAUAGACCUUGACAAGGAAGAAACUCGUUUAUUAGCAGCACAGAACAGUAUAAACAGGUUACUGGAAAAUGAUCAGUUACUAAAGCAGAAAUCACAGGACUUGGUCUUCAAAAAUUGUUUUGAAGGGGAAAUAACAUUCCUACCUACAUAUAAAUAUGACUUGUUCAGUGAUGAUUAUGACACCAGCGAGAAAUGUCGAGCACCAGCUUGGACUGAUCGUGUUUUGUGGAGAAGUAGAAAACAUACAAUUGAUCCAGAAACUGCUUCAGAACUGGCUGCAGGAAAAUUAUUGCACUAUGGAAGAGCUGAACUAAAACAGAGUGAUCAUCGACCAGUAAUUGCUAUCUUAGAAAUAGAAGUAUUACAAGUGAGCUACACAAAGUGUAUGGAAGUGUUUUAUGAAGUAGUCAAAGAUUUGGGACCACCUGACGCAAGUAUAACUGUACGACCAUUAGACGAAAUUGACAAUGAGGAUUCUAUUUUUGAUGAUAAUGUAAUGGCAGCAGUUCUUCAGGAACUAGCAACUAUUGGAGAAGUAACACUAGUGCGUUUUAUUGAAGAUCAUACAUUAAGUAUAACAUUUAGAGAUGGACAGCAUGCUCUAGCUGCUGCACAGAAAGGAACAGUAAUGGCUGCUGGUAUACCAUUAUGUGUAUCAUUGAAAUCUCCCAACUGGGUUGAAAUUGUUAGGUCUGAGAUAAGUUUAUGUUCGAACAACACAAUUCCGCUUUUUGGCGAUAUACCAACUGAGCGCCCUCUGCGAUCAGCACCACCGACACCUCGCAGACAGCAACCGAGCAGGCCGCCGGCGCCUUCGCCAACGCCUCUCGUGCCGUCUAGAGCGCCGGCAGUCAGUCCUGCACGCCCACCGCCACCUAGACCGGCACCGCUUCCGCAAGAUGCGGCAGCGACUAAUGGGACUGCACCAACUGCAACCUCGCCUCCUGCUGAUGGACUUCCACCUCCUACAUAUGCACCGCCACCGCCUCCGGCUAGUAAUACGCCGCCUCCUACGGGACCUCCACCUGUGACUGGAUCUUCUACUCCGACCGGACCUUCUACUCCAGCUGGACCUGCACCUUCAAGUGGACCUGUACCUCCAAGUGGACCUCCGCCACCCGUGCCUGCACGGCAAGGCGCGCCUCCGCCGCUGCCUGCGCGUCCACGACCAGUGAUUUAAAUAUAAACAAGUCAUUCUUGGAAUCAAUAAAAUGUAUGCUGUUUAGUCUUUAGCAACAAUGUAUAUCACUAAUAUAUAGUACAGGUAUAUUAUAGCUAAUGUAGAGACUGCUUAUUUAGAAAUUUCAAUAUCAUUUGAAUUUAUUAAUACUUAUUAUUUUCAUAGAUAGGCUGUGAUCUGAUUGGUAUCUGCAUUGUGGCUUUGUCAUGUCAUAUGUGAUGUAGCUCCUAUUGUAUAUGUUAUGUGGGCUUUAGUCUGAGCAACAAGCCAAACAUUUAAGUUAUGCAUAUGGUGUCAAUAAUAUGCUUAACAUCAUGAAAAAAGAAUAUUUUGAAGCCUGGGUCACAUCUAAUAUAAUAUAUUGCAUAAUGCAUAAUAAUAUUGCUUAAUGUAUAUUCUAAAAACUCUUUUUAAGUUGAGUACCUAACCUUAAAUCCUUUGUUGCCUGGACUAUCUAGGAACUUCAGUCUUGUUAUUAUCCUGUUGAUAUGAAUUCUAUAUUUAAAACUGGUUAUAGCCAAAAAUGAAUAUUAUAAAUUUUCAUGCAACGAAAAUAUUAUAUAAAUAUAUCUAUCUCACUCAUGAAUUUAUUGUAAGCUCAUAAUUAUAACUUACUGAUUGGAUUAAUGUUGAUCUCAUUUUAUAGAAUUUUAUAUGUAUUUUUUAAAUCACCUAUAUUUUUUAUGCGUUUUCCAAUGUUUUUAUAGUUAAAACCUGUUUUUAAUAAUUUUGGGUUCCUACUUCCUAAGUUUAGAUCAAUUUGUACUAAGUACAUUUACUUUAAUGUAACUAUUUAUUUAUUAAGUACCUUAGUAAGUUCUAAUUGAACAAACUUAAACAAAGAUAACACUACAACUUUAUGAUGUAUUAUUAAUUAAUAUAGUCAUUAUUACAACAGAAUGUGUGAAAUCUAAAAAAAUAUAUAUCAUGUAAUAUUGGUCAUGUACCUAAAUGAAACGAAUUCUCAUAAAAUAUAUUUAAAGCAUGGUAUCUUAAUUUGUUAUCAGAGAUAAUAAACAAGACCAAAUGACCAUUCCCAAUAUAAUCCACAUGAUAAGAUCUUUAGAUAAUUUAUAUACUUAAAUAUGUGACAUAGUUCCAUUGUUUAUUAAUAAAUAUAAUGUUUUAGAGCUCUUGUGGUUAUUAAAGUAUUAUGCAUGUUAUAUUAUGUAAAGUAAAAUAAAUAAUUAUAAAAUGGUUAAAUUAAAUAACAUUAAAAUAUGUAGGUAUUUUUGCUCCAGAACAAAUCUAGAUAUUUAUAUUGGAUCAAUUAAAAGAUAUAGUCACAAAAUUUUUCACUGAAUAUGUUGGUACUUGCAAAAUAAAUUGAGUGCUUAUUAGCACUAGACUUUGAAAUUAUCAUGGAGUAUGUGAAUUAUGUAUCUAUCCAAUGUUUUUUCUUUAAAUCUUAUUAGGUUCAAACUAAUUAAAACCAUGUCCAUGGUCCAAAUACAAAAUAAUAAAGUACCGUGUAACAUAUUUGGAAAAUAUGAAAUUAAGAAAAAAAAAUUGUACCUGAGUUGCAUUUUUGUUUAUUUGUAAAAUGACGAAUAAAAUAAGAAAAAAAUGUGUUGGUAGAGAAUUACUUAGUAGUUAAAGCAAGAACAUGUAGUGUUGAAUGCUUGAUGUUGUAUUUAAUAUUUGUUAGCUUGGCUGAUGAUUGUUAUGGCCAGUAAACCUAUUAAGAAAAAAUAAAGAUGUUUUACUUUACAA